UUUUCGACCAUUGCUCAAUUUUACGCAUCUGUGCUCGAUUUUUCGACCUUCGCCGUCUUGAUAAUUUGUGGUCAUAAACAAUAAAAAUUAUUCGUAAAAUAAAUACGAAAUUUAGCAACAUUAGGCAAGAAAAAAUUCAAGUGCAAAUAAAACAUGUCCUUUUCGUUUACGCCCACACCUAAUGCGGGUCUGACUGGAGCAGCGCCGGGAGCUGCGACGGGAGCAUUCGGUUUUGGCGCGAGAACUGCAGCAGCCACUGCGCCUGUCAGCGCUCCGCCGGCUUUUGGUGCCACUAGUUUCGGGUUGGGCGGUGGAACUGCCGCUACAGUUAGUGCAGUUCCUACUCUCGCUUUUGGAGCACAAGCUGCCGCGGCCACUGUAGCACCAACUUUUGGAGCUGCUCCAGCAGCAACUGUCGCUCCCACAUUUGGCGUUCCCACAACAGCUGCCCCAGCAUUUGGAGCUCCAGUCGGCGCAGUGGCGCCCACGUUCAGCUUUGGCACUGCGGCGGCGACGUCUGCUCCAACAACAGCUCCGCCAGCAUUUGGCUUAACAUCAGCAGCUCCAACAGCAACAGGUAGCUUGGGAAUGCCGGCGCCAUUAGGCACGGGCUUGGGAAGUUUCGGCUUCAAUAAGCCAGCAGUCAGUCAGCCUGCUGCAGGCGCCAGUUUAAACUUCAACACGACAACAACAACGGCUACAGCCCAACCAUUUAAUACGGGCUUGCGAUUGGGUGGAACGACAAAUCCAACUGGAAUAGGAGGCUUAGGAGUUGGCAUCGGCGGGGGAGGAGGAAUUUUUGGUUCAAAGCCAGCUCAACCAGCUACAGCUCCAUCAACAUUUGUUGGCUUGGGCGGCAUUGAUGUGAGUGCUACGCAACCGAAAUUGGGAGACAAUAAACAAGACGGGAUUAAGAUAAAAGAAACCCAAGUACCCGAUGAAAUCGUUAAAACUGUUGAUGCUCUGAAAACCUUUAUUAAACAGCAAAAGACAAUCUCUUCCGACAUUGGACGUACCUCCACAUCGAAAUUCACGAAUGUCAGCCACGAAAUAAUGAAUCUAAAGUGGGCCCUUCAGAAUAUGGCAAAUUCCGUGGAUGCGAAUAAUCAGCAAAUUAAAUUACUACGACACGAAACAGGCAAAGCCAUACAGUCGCUAGAAAUGGCCCAACGUACCCAGGACACGCCAGCAGGACUUCAAUUUGAGAAUAGUGCACCAUUUCAAUAUUUCCAGUGUUUGGUGGCCAAAUACGAACAGGAUUUAAUAUCGUUUCGGCAAGAAAUCAAUUUAACCGAACGUCACAUGAACGCUUUGACCAAUCCACAAAGCAUUUCACCAGAGGAUCUAAAACGUGGCUUCCGUCAACUGAAUGAGUCCUUUAUCUCACUGGCUGGUCGCCUGCACGAGGUGCACCAACGUGUUGAAGAGCAAAAGGAGCAUUAUUUGAAUUUACGAAGAUAUCGUUUACGUGAUGCCACAAAUGUAUUUGAGAAGAUUGAGAAUCCACCGCCGCAACCACAUCAAAUCGUGGAACCGCAAAGCAUUACCACCGGCCCAACGCCAUUCUCCAAUAUUUCGGCUAUUAGCACACUAAAUAAAUCCUACGCAGCCAUGGUAGCUGCCACAUCCAGCAAUGCGGCGCCCAAAUGAGGGAAGCUACUGGCUGUAAGUGCAUAGAUUUUUGAAAAUAAAAUUGUUGAAAUAAUGA